CGCGCGGAGGGAGCCGGCUCAGGACGCUGGAAGGCACGGAGGGUUGUGAACAAAAGAGGGCCACUGCUUGAGAAAGGGUUCUGACGGUCUUCCAGAAGCUGCUCAGGGGAAGCACAGACCACAGGAGAGAUGCUAACAGUUAGGCACACGAAGGGCAUGAACUUUGAGGAUGUGGCCAUCGACUUCUCCCAGGAGGAGUGGGGGCUCCUCACUGAAGCUCAGAGACUCCUAUUCUGCGAUGUGAUGCUGGAGAACUUUGCUCUUGUAGCGUCUCUGGGUUGUUGGCAUGGAAAAGAAGAUGAGGAGGCUCUUUCUGAGCAGAAUGUAUCUAUAGAAGGAGAAUUACAGGUCAAAGCUCAUACAACUGGUCCAUCCACCCAGGACACCCGCUCCUGUGAGAUGUGUAUCCUAGUCUUGAAAGAUAUUUUGCACCAAGCUGAGCACCAGACAAUAUACCCUUUGCAGAAACUAUACUUGGUUGGCACAUGUGUGAGAUGUCUCUGUUUCAGUGCAAAUCGUUACCAGCAACAGAGGCAUGACGGUGGAGAGAAGCCCUGGAAAAGAGAUGUCAACAGGACUUCAUUUGUGAUGAGUUGCAGCUUCUAUCUGUCCAGGGAGCCUUUCACCUGUAGGGAGGUUGGCAAGGACCCUCUGGCCAUGUCAGGCCUGCUCCAACACCAGGCCAUUCCCUACAGUGAGAUGCCACACAGUGGCAGUGAGAGUAGGCAGGCCCUUCCCAGUGGAAAAAGUCAUUACAAGUGGGGUGAAUGUGAAAAAGCUGCCGGCGACAACCACACACUUGUUCAACAUCAGAGUGUCUGCUCUGGAGAAGAGCUUUAUGAGUGUGACACAUGUGGGAAAGCCUUCAGCUGCAAUUACAGAUUUGUUCACCACCAGCAAAUUCAUACUGGACAAAGGCCAUAUGACUAUGGUGAAUGUGGGAAGUUGUUGAGCAAAAUCUCUGGCCUUAUCAAACACCAGAGAAUUCACACUAGAGAAAGGACUUAUGAAUGCAGUGAAUGUGGAAAAGUCAUUAUCCACAAAUCUAAACUCAUUUACCACAAGAGACCGCACACUGCAGGAAAGCAUUAUGAAUGUGACGAAUGUGGGAAAUCCUUUAGCUACAAAUCUAACUUCAUUGAACACUGGAGAGUACACACUGGAGAAAGACCUUAUGAGUGCAGUGAAUGUGGCAAGUCAUUUAGACAAAGCUCUAGCCUUUUGCGACACCAGAGAGUUCAUACUGGAGAAAGGCCUUAUAAGUGCAGUGACUGUGGGAAAUCUUUUAGACAAAUAUUUAACCUCAUUCGACAUGGGAAAGUUCACACUGGAGAAAUGCCUUAUGAGUGUAGUGAUUGUGGGAAAUCGUUUAGCUGCAAAUCUGAACUCAUUCAACACCAGAGAAUCCACAGUUGCAAAAGGCCUCGUAAGUGCAGUGAGUGUGGGAAGUCAUUUAGACAGUUCUCUAGCCUCAUUCGACACCAGAGUGUUCAUACUGGAGAAAGGCCAUAUGAGUGCAGUGUUUGUGCGAAAUCUUUUAGCCGCAAAUUUAUCCUGAUUGAACAUCAGAGAGUUCACACUGGGGAAAGACCUUUUGACUGUAGUGAAUGUGGAAAGUCCUUUACCCGCAGACCUGACCUCAUUCAACACCAGAGAAUUCAUACUGGUACAAGACCUUAUGAGUGCGGUGAAUGUGGGAAGUCCUUUAGACAACGCUCUGGCCUUAUUCAACACCGCAGAGUUCAUUCUGGAGAAAGGCCUUAUGAGUGUAGGGAAUGUGGGAAAUCCUUUAGCUACAAAUCUAAGCUCACUGAACACUGGAGAGUUCACACUAGAGAAAGACCUUAUGAGUGCAGUGAAUGUGGAAAGUCGUUUAGACAAAGCUCUAGCCUUUUUCGACACCAGAGAGUUCACACUGGAGAACGGCCUUAUGAGUGCAGCGACUGUGGGAAAUCCUUUGGACAAAUAUUUAACCUCAUACGACAUGGUAGAGUUCACACUGGAGAAAUGCCUUAUGAGUGUAGUGAUUGUGGGAAAUCGUUUAGCUGCAAAUCUGAACUCAUUCAACACCAGAGAAUCCACAGUGGUGAAAGGCCGUAUAAGUGCAGUGAAUGUGGGAAGUCAUUUAGACAGUUGUCUAACCUCAUUCGACACCGGAGUGUUCAUACUGGAGAAAGGCCAUAUGAGUGCAGUGUUUGUGCGAAAUCUUUUAGCCGCAAAUAUAUCUUCAUUCAGCAUCAGAGAGUUCACACUGGGGAAAGACCUUUUGACUGUAGUGAGUGUGGAAAGUCUUUUACCCACAAAUCUGACCUCAUUCAGCACCAGAGAAUUCAUACUGGUACAAGACCUUAUGAGUGCGGUGAAUGUGGGAAGUCUUUUAGACAACGCUCUGGCCUUAUUCAACACCGCAGAGUUCAUUCUGGAGAAAAGCCUUAUGAGUGUAGGGAAUGUGGGAAAUCCUUUAGCCGAAGUGCUAGCCUUAUUCAACACCAGAAAGUUCACACUGGAGAAAGACCUUAUGAGUGUAGUGAAUGUGGCAAAUCCUUUAGCCGCAAAUCUCAUCUCCUUAGACAUGAGAGUUCACACUGGAGAAAAGCUUUAAAUGUGCUGGGAAUGUUUUCUUUCUUCACUCAGUCUGUUAACACUGAAGGGGAGAUUGUGCGAGAGACAUUUUCCUGAAUGUAAACAUCUUUUAUCUGAACACAGACUACGCAAGAUUUCUCAUAAGUUUCAGGUACCUGGGAGGCUUUAAGGACAUGCAAUGCACUGUUUAACCUAUCCAGGGCUAUUUCCAGAUUUACAUGACUGCAGUUUCUGCGGGUAAAGCCAUUUCAUCUCUACCACCUGGCAUGUCUGCACAGUGUACGUCAGUCAUCACCCCAGUGUUCUCAGAGAAGCUGACCUGGGUUGUCUCAUUUGCUUAAGGAAAUUAUGAAUAAUCUGAGUCCUUAGCAGGAUGCUCAUUCCUUUCUCUCUGGCUUUAGGGAGUGGACAUGACCCUGUUUUGGUCCAGAGGACCCACCUUCAGCUUGCUAACAAGGACUACCUUUUUCAGGGACCUGGUGGUUCUUACAUCAUGCUUGUGAUGAAUUCUUCCAGGUUCUAAUUCAUCAACCUAGAAACUGCUGACAUUGGCCUGGUUUAUGUUCUUUUAGUAAAGGACUUUUUGUUUUUCCGCCUUUAAUUUCAUGGUUCUGUUCACUGUGGGUGAUUUGAAAGCAGACCUGUGAUAUGUCAGCAUAUAGGGGUGAUCAGAUUUUGUGGAGAUACUAAAGUUUCUGUCUUUCAGGAGGGACAGUAUGAUGGUAGAAAUAGCUCUUUGUCCAAUAUUGGUCUAAUUUGCAUUGCUGCUCAAGGACUCAAAAGACUGCAGGUCUUUGUGGUCCUAAUUUGUGGUCUGGUGCCACAAUUUUUUGGGAGGCCAGAGGUCACCCUGAAGGGGAGACCUUUGUUAUUUCAACCCCCUGUGCUUCUGUGAACAACAGGAAUUUUAUUCCCUUGUUCACAGUGUCUAUCACACAUAGUUCCCAGCAUUUUUAGGAGACCUCUUCCCCCGUUCCUGCAAAGGAACCAUGUGCCAUGAUAUACAAAAUUUCAUCAGCUAGUGUCAUUUGUUGUAAGAUUGUAGGGUUGGGGGAACCAUAAUUGGGACAGAAACACUGGAUUAAUAGGGAGUGGAGAAGAGUGCAGUAAAUUAGACAGAAUGUGCCUCUUCUAAAAGUUCAUAAAUAUUCCAGUACUGUUGGUUGUGUAACCAAUGUGUGAAGAAGUUCUCAGGAUCUUCCUAACUAUUUCCUGUAGCAGAGUUCAUUGACAGAGAAAAUCAUCUAAAGUUUGAUGGAUUAGUGUCUCUGGGCUGUUCACCUCUGGGCCAUUGCUCUACAGGCAAGAAAAUGGAUAAAGAGGAAGGUGAUCUAGUUUUCCAAGGAUGUGUCUUUUGUGACUGAGCCAGCGUUCCUCUUGAUUUGGGUGGCAGCUGUCUUCAUUGUUUGCUGAUAUUUGCUGCCACUGAGGCAAGGUUUCCCCUCGCAGGGUGUGAGGAGAGUGAUGGUGGGGUCCAUGUAGUGUUGCCCAACUUUGUUAUAAGAAAAGAAGAACAUCUAGCUUUCAUUUGGAACCACUUUUAAAAACUUGGUUAAGGUGUAAUUUAUAUAAUUGAACAGCAAAAUGCACUUAUCUAAUGUGUACAAUUUGGUAAGCUUUGACAUAGGUAUAAAAAUGGAAAAGCAUCAUCAUAUUCAUGAAAAUAAACUUAUCUGUCACCCACACAUAUACUUUGUGCUUUUAUAAUCUCUCUCUGCCUUCCCCAGCCCUCCAGGUCAUCAUUGAUUUACUUUCUUUUACAAUAGAUUAGUUCGUUUUUCUGUGAUUUAACAUAGGCAUCAUAAAGUGUAUACUCUUUUUUUUAUUAUUAUUAGUGUCCUUCAUAUUGCAUAAUUACUUUGAGAUUCAACAAUGAUGCUUAUGAGAGUAGUUAAUUCUUUUAUUGUUGAGUAGUAUUCUGUUCUAUGGAUAACCAGUUUGUUUAUCCAUUCAUCUGUUUAUGCACAUUUGGGUUAUUUCCAGGUUUGCAGUAUUGCAAAUAAAGCUGCUGUGAAUAUUUGCAUUGAA